AUGAUGCAACCAACGAAUAGUAAUAUCAGUAGUAACAAUGGUCAGUCAGAUGUGAUACUGGCAAUGACGAGUGUAACGUCGUUGAGCUAUAACACCACACCACAAUCGCAAUCGAUGUCUAGCAAUCGAGGCGAGUCGGCAUCGGAGACAGCCAACUCAGGAGCUGUCAACCGUGAGGGUUCAUCGAAUCAGCAGCGCAGUGAACAGCUAUCGGAUGAGAAUCAAAACAAUCUAAAUGGUGAUCGAUUAAGGGAUAUUCUUAACCCAGAUACAUUCACCAUCGGUUGGCGCAUAGUGAUUUUCCUCAGAAUCUUUCUUCGAAAGGAUUUAACGUGA